GAAAGAGAAAAGAAAAACAAAGAGUGUUGUUUCUUCUCUCUCCGUCUCUCUAAAACGAGGAGUUACUCAUGGCGGCUGUGUCACGGUGCCCAGCACCGGUGCAGACUGAGAAGCUGAAGCCAUGCUUGAGAGUGGAUUUGGGACAUAGGUUUUCAAGAAGCUUGGAUUUUGGGCAUUUGAGAGCACCCAAGUGGAGGAGGACUUUUGAGUUCAGGAAGCUGGAGGUCUCUGCCGCUACCAAUAACAAUGCAGUGUCUCUGAGCGAGUCCGCACCUCUCCUGACUCGGUCCAAGAUGAAACGUCACACAAUUUCAGUGUUUGUUGGGGAUGAGAGUGGAAUAAUAAAUCGAAUUGCGGGGGUGUUUGCUAGGAGGGGUUACAACAUUGAGUCCCUUGCAGUUGGUUUGAACAAGGACAAGGCUCUCUUUACCGUAGUUGUCUCUGGAACCGAGAAAGUUUUGCGACAAGUUGUUGAACAGCUGAACAAGCUUGCGAAUGUCAUUAAGGUUGAAGAUAUCUCAAGGGAGCCACAAGUAGAACGUGAACUGAUGCUUAUAAAACUUAAUGCAGAUCCAAAUAACUGUGCUGAGAUAAUGUGGUUAGUAGACAUCUUCAGAGCAAAAAUUGUUGAUAUCUCAGAAGAUUCGCUGACUAUUGAGGUCACUGGAGACCCGGGGAAGAUGGUUGCUGUUCAAAGGAACUUAAGCAAAUUUGGAAUCAAGGAACUCUCAAGAACUGGAAAGAUUGCCUUGCGACGGGAGAAGAUGGGUGAGACGGCUCCAUUCUGGGAUUUCUCUGCUGCUUCUUAUCCAGAUCUUGAACAACCAUCUCCUACUAAUGUUCUUGUAGAGAAUGCAAAUCGAUCACUUAAUGGCAAUGUCAGUACAUCCUCAAAGGGUGAUGUUUAUCCAGUGGAGCCAUAUAAUGACUUGUCAAUGAAACAAGUUCUUGAUGCUCAUUGGGGUGUUCUCUAUGAUGAAGAUUCAAGUGGGCUUCAGUCACAUACUUUGGCUAUGCUUGUGAAUGACUGUCCUGGAGUUCUCAACAUGGUCACUGGGAUUAUUUCUCGAAGAGGUUAUAACAUUCAGAGUUUAGCUGUGGGACCUGCUGAAACAGAGGGGCUUUCCCGCAUUACAACUGUUGUUCCUGGGACUGAUGAGUCAAUUGGCAAGUUGGUUCAACAACUUCACAAGUUAAUCGAUCUUCAUGAGGUUCGGGAUAUUACUCACUCGCCAUUUGCAGAGAGAGAGCUUAUGCUGAUAAAGAUUGCUGUGAAUACUGCUGCUAGGAGGGACGUCCUUGAUAUCGCCAGCAUUUUUCGGGCCAAAGCUGUUGAUGUGUCUGAUCAUACCAUUACCCUUGAGCUUACAGGUGAUUUUAACAAGAUGGUUGCACUACAGAGGUUAUUAGAGCCUUUUGGAAUUUGUGAGGUUGCAAGGACAGGGAGGGUGGCAUUGGUGCGGGAGUCGGGUGUAGAUUCCACAUACCUCCGUGGUUACCCCCUUCCAUUGUGAUACUUCGAGUUACUAGCUUACAAUGGUGGAGCAUCUUAAGGCAGAUCAGUGCGGCAUUUGGGAGUUUCGAAAAAUAUGGUGCUUCUUUCAGGUUAUAAAUGUUUCCUCUUUGCACUUAAGAUGUUGACUUUUACCCGAACUACAGUGUAUCUAUUACAUGAAUGACAUGAGCGGAUGUACCUUUACCUCUCUAUUAAUGUCUCUCUCUAUUUUAUUCGAGUAUUUGUUGUA